AUGGAUGAAUUUCAUAAAUCAUAUUCAAUAAAAAAUCAAGAUCCAAGAAUUAUAUUUAAUGAAAAUUCUUUAACAACAACUUAUGAAUAUCAUAAUGGACAUUCAGCAGAAGAAUUUGUUAAAUAUUUUUCAAUUGAUGAUGAUGAUAUUGUUCGAUUAGAUCAAACACAAAUAAUACAAUAUGAAGUAAAAUGUAUUCUAAAUCAUCUUAUAGAUAAUAUUAUUAUUCAAGAAAAUAAUCAAUGUCAGAUUAAAAAUAUACAACAUAAACGUUCAUUAGAAUUAAAUAAUGAUGAAUAUAUAAUUAGAAAAAAAGUCAGAUUUAAUCUACCUAAUGAUGAACAACAGUCAUUAACAUGUUUAUUUGUUUCGGAAACUCUUCCGUUAACAAAUCAAUUAAAACCAUAUACAAAAUUUUUAUAUCAUCUUGGUUUAGAUCUUUGUUUAAAUGAAAAUCUUAAUGAAAAUAAUUAUCUUUCUGAAACUCAAAAAAAUUUAUUAAUUAAGCAAAAUGAAGUUUUUUAUCAUAAUCAAAUGUAUUCAUGUAAAUAUUGUUCAUUUAAAACUAAUACAAUACAUGUUAUGGAUCGUCAUUAUCGAACACCACAUACUAUAUCGAAUUCAAUAAAUCAUCAUAAAAGAUAUCGUUGUACAUAUUGUUCAUUUCAAACAUUUCGUUUACCUGAACUUCGUCGUCAUGUAGAACGAAAACAUGGUCAUAUAUUAAUAACUGAACCAUCUUUACGACGUUAUCGAUGUUGUUAUUGUUCAUAUGGAACUGAUGAUAAAAAUAAGUUUCUUAAGCAUAAUAAUUGUUGUCAAAUUGAACAAGAACGUACACGUAUUGCUAAUAAUUUACUUCAACCAUUUGAUCAAUUCAAUAAUAAUAUAAAUCAACUGAUAGCUACGACGAAAACAAAAUCUAUUGAAAAUAAUAAAAAGAAACAGACAACAAAAAACUCUUCAUCCAUAUUUCCUUCAAAUACAACAAAUAUGGCCAAUAAUAAUCAAAUAAAUGAGCCAAUACUUAUUGAAUCUGAUCAUGAUACAUCGUCGUUAUCAGGAUCAUCAUCAUCGGAUGAAGAUUUUAUUGUAUCAUCAGAUGAAGAAAGUUCAUCUGAUGAACUUGAUGAUGAUAAAAAUGAUCGAGAUUUUGAAAUUCCAUCAUCAUCUCGUUCGAAAAAAACACAAAAAACAACUUAUAAAUCAACAACAUCAUUAAUAUCACAAUCAUAUCCAAUAAAUCCAAACCCAACAACAACAACUGUAACUAAUCUUUCAUCUUUAUCAAAAUUAUUAUUAUUAAAUGGAACAUCUAUAACAACAUUUACAACAUCAUCAAUCAAUUCUAUUAAACCUCCAUUAAUACCAAUACAACCCAAACCUACAAAUGGAAAUGAUAUUUAUCAAAUGUGUAAUAUUUGUCAAUGUUAUGUUUAUAAAAAAGAUUAUAUUAAACAUAUGAAAGAAAAACAUAACAGUCAAACAAGUCCAACUCAACAAACAAUUUCAACACCAUUAACUAUAUUAAAUAAUACACCAAAUAAUGUCAAUACAUCAGUAACAUGUUUAACACCAGCUUUAAUUGUUACUAAAACAAUACCACAACCACCAUCAGCUAUUUUUCUUUUAUCAACAUCAACUAUGGAUCCACAAUCAAUUAAAUUAGAUAUGAUUAAAUGUCCAUGGUGUGAUACUAAUUUUGAACAUAUUGAUGUUAUGACUGGACAUUUAAUGAGAUGUCAUCGUAUGACAUUAGCUGCUGCUAAAGUUGUAGUUGCUGAACAGAUGAAAAUUCAAGGUACAUCAUCUAGUCAAUUAUCAUUAAUGUUUAAACAAGAAAUAGAACAAAUACAAAAAGAAUUUGCUGAUAAAAUCUAUUGGAAAAUUUCUCAACCAAAAGUAUAUUUACAUAGAAUAGAUAAUUUAUCAUGUUUUGUUUGUAAAAAAAAUAUUGAUGAUAUUGAAAAUCAUUUAAUGUCAUCACAUCAAAUACAAUUAAUAACAAUGAAUAAAAUCAAACAAUGUUGUUUAUGUGGUGUUCAUUGUAAUAAAAAAAAUACAAGUUUAUUUGAACACCAAUUACGUACACAUUCAGGUGUUUGUUAUUCAUCUACACUUAAACAAUUUAUUCGUUUCGAACCACCACCUCCACCAUUAUCAAGAACCAUUAUAGCAAAAGAUAAUAAUCGAUUAAUAUUACCAUCAUCAUCAUCAUCAUCAUCAUCGAAUAAACGAACAUUAACAACUGAUACAGAAAAAAAAUUUGGUUGCCGAAAAUGUGAUACAAGUAGUCGUUUAUUUACAUUUGAAGAACUAGUUGAACAUUUACGUUUAAGUCACAAACUUAUUGUCAAAUUACAUCGUCGUUGUCUAAUAUGUCAACAAACAUAUCCUAAAGGAAAAGAAUAUAAUCAACAUUGUUUAGAACAUUUAAAUGAUGAAAAUCCCUCAAUAGAUAUUAAACGAUAUUAUAUGAAAUUAUAA